AUGGGGAGAGAGAUAGUGAUAGGAUUAGUAGGAAAACCUUCAAGUGGUAAAUCCACAACAUUAAAUUCAUUAACAGAUGCCAAUGCAAAAGUAGGAGCAUUUCCAUUCACAACAAUAGAUCCAAAUAAAGCAACAGGAUAUUUAGAAAUAGAAUGUGCAUGUAAAAGAUUUAACAAGCAAGAUAAAUGUAAACCGAAUUAUGGAUAUUGUAGACAAGGAAAAAGAGGAGUACCUAUAAUGUUAUUAGAUGUUGCUGGUUUAGUACCCAAUGCUCAUUUAGGUAGAGGUUUAGGAAAUAAAUUUUUAAGUGAUUUAACUGAAGCUGAUUGUUUGAUCCACAUAGUUGAUGCAAGUGGAUCAACUGAUUCUGAAGGUAAAGCAACAAGAGGAUACGAUCCAUUAAAUGAUAUAGAAUGGUUACAAAAUGAGAUUUUUCAAUGGAUUUUGGGAAACCUAAAAGAAAAAUGGGGUUCUGUUAAAAGAAGACAUAUUGCAACAAAAUCAACUACAUUAGAAACUUUAAGACAACAAUUAGGUGGGUACGUUGCAAAUAAACAAUUAAUUGCUAAUGCUUUGGAUUUAAUACCAAAUUUACCACCAUUGCAAGAUUGGGAUGAUGAAAUGUUGGAAAAAGUAGUUUGGGCAUUUAUGGAAAUUAAAUUCCCCACAGUACUAUCAUUGAACAAAAUGGAUCAUCCAGAUGCUGAUAAAAAUGUAUCAAAAAUAAUACUAAAAUAUCCAAAAUCUAAAGCUAUAUUAACAUCAUCAAUAACUGAAGUAUUUUUGAGAAAACUAGUGGCACAAAAUUAUAUAAAAUAUGAUCCAGGUACUGAAUUUGUAGAUACAAAAGAAGAUUUACCAAAUGAUCCUGAUUUACGAGAUUUAGAUGAGAAAUUAGCAAAUAGAAUAGAAAACAUAAGAGAUCUAGUUCUAUAUAGAUUUGGAUCAACUGGAGUAGUUCAAUUAUUACAAGCUGCAGCUGAUUUAUUACAACUAAUACCAGUUUAUCCCGUAAGAAAUAUAAAUAAUUUUACAGGUAGUACGGGGGAUCAAGUGUUCAGAGAUUGUAUAUUGGUUAAAAGAGGAACUCCUGUUAUAAAUGUUGCAAGAAAAAUCAUGGGUGAUGUUACUAUCGCUCAUAUUGAAACUGUUGGUGGUAUAAAAGUAAGUGAAGAAGAUACUGUUGAUAAGAAUAAAAAUGAUAUACUAUCGUUCAAAUUAGUACCUGGUAGUAGGAAUUAA